AUUCCGUCGAAAUUCAUCGAACGAAGUCACACUUUAAUUAAUAAUUUUUUCAACGAGCAUACAGGUGGAAACGCAAAUUCAACUAUUGGUUUUCUUCCAGUUGAUGAGGGUCGUAUUGUUGGAGGGCAGCCAGCGAGUAUCGAUGAACAUCCGUACCAGGUAUCCCUUCGAUUUCACAAUCGUCACGUAUGCGGUGGCUCUAUCAUUAGCGAGCUAUGGGUCGUCACAGCUGCACACUGUGUCCAGAGCUUCUUUGUUCGAUCCAUUUCGAUCAAGGUAGGUACUUCCGACCUCACCGACACCAAUGCCACAGUGAUCAACGCGGCAGAAAUUAUCAUUCAUGAGAGGUAUGAGAGAAGAAGCGCGGAUUUUGACAUUGCUUUGAUUAAAUUAAGAAAGCCAUUGGUGUACAAUUCGCGAGUGGAACCAAUUCUAUUGGCGCCGUUAGCCGAUCAUUACAUGGCUGGUAGCAAGGCGAUGGUUACAGGUUGGGGAGCUUUGAGAAGCAACGGUCCACUGUCGACGAAAUUACGCAAAGUCCAAGUACCACUCGUUUCUAACGUCCAAUGUUCUCGAUUGUACAUGAACAGAAGGAUCACAUCGAGAAUGAUUUGUGCCGGUUACGUGAAUGUCGGUGGCAAGGAUGCGUGUCAGGGGGAUAGCGGCGGCCCAUUGGUGCAACACGACAAACUGAUCGGAAUUGUUUCGUGGGGGUUCGGUUGCGCGCGGCCAUCUUAUCCAGGCGUUUACACGCGUGUGACAGUUCUCCGAAGUUGGAUUACUGAGAAAACUGGUCUGUGAGCGUUUUGUGUUUAUCCUAUGCGCGAGCACGAAACGUUAUUGAACCAGCUACGAACUCGGAAAUUUUUCCUGCAAACAUUUCGCCUCGUUACUUUACUCUCGUCAUCUUCUUUGUUUGCGAAGAGAGUUGCUCGGGUUUCACGAAAAACCCCCUGGGAUCGUGGUUGGUUUUUCGCUAUGGCGGUAUGAUGUGACCUCGACAUAUUGAAAUAUUAUAUUAUAUUUUUCCACCGUAAUUAUAUCUCAAAUUACUCGACGGUAAAUGAUCUUUUCACUCGGUCAAUUGCCAAGCACGAAUCAUAAAUAUCAAUUAUUUAAACUCUUCCUUCAAUUUUUUACAUAUAAUCGUCAAUACGACUUGAUUUGUAUGAGUUUUUCGAGAAAAUAAUCCUGUUAUAAUCCUGUUCUUCGAAAUUUUCGUUUGAAAUUCUCUUUCGAGAAAGAAAGAUCUUGAGAAGAAUUUUGAACUCGAGACAGAGAAUAAAAUACAUAUCAAUAAUGAUUCUUUUAUAUCUCGUAUAUUUGAAAAUAAGACUUUCAAGAGCAACUUAUUUUCAUCGUUAACAUUAACGUUACAUUUAGAGUAAAAAUUAUCAAAGCAAUGUCUGCAAAAAAUAACUUUUAAAUUUUUUAUUUUUAUUUAAAAAAUAAUCUGAAGAACAUAUAUAUUGAUCUAUAAUUGAAUCGGUUGUCUCUCAUUGAAAGUAUCCCUUAUUUUGGUCAUGCUUUCAGCAUGAAAAUACUAUCAGUUUGUUAAUGAACGAGUUGUUAGAACGUGAAAACAACGAACAGCUGGACCAUUUCUCCGUUUUAUGGAACUUUGGUGUUCGUUACAAGGUAUUCGAUGAAAACCGCUAAUUAGUUUGCUCGACGAUCGAUAGAUAUUUCCCAGCUUUAAUUCGCGAUUUAUAAAUAGCUCGUGUAACAGAUGUCGGGAAUUUAUCGCGCUUUUGAAAAAAAAAAAAAAAAUAAAAA